CGCCAUUUUGUCGUUAGCGGUGAAGAGGAGACUGAUUUUGUCGGGAAGCCGGACUGAAAACGAUCUGCCACCAUGGGGAACAUGUUUGCAGGCCUCUUUAAGAAUCUCUUCGGGAAGAAAGAGAUGCGAAUCCUGAUGGUGGGUUUGGAUGCUGCUGGAAAAACUACCAUACUGUACAAACUUAAACUGGGCGAGAUCGUCACCACCAUCCCCACUAUCGGUUUUAACGUAGAGACUGUAGAAUAUAAAAACAUUAGUUUCACGGUUUGGGAUGUCGGCGGUCAGGAUAAGAUCCGACCCCUGUGGAGGCACUACUUCCAGAACACACAAGGUCUGAUUUUUGUGGUGGACAGUAACGACAGGGAACGAGUAAAUGAGGCGAGAGAGGAGCUGACAAGGAUGCUGGCUGAAGACGAGCUCAGAGAUGCCGUGCUGUUGGUCUUUGCCAACAAACAGGAUCUUCCCAACGCUAUGAAUGCAGCAGAGAUCACAGAUAAACUGGGUCUGCACUCACUGCGGCACCGUAACUGGUAUAUCCAGGCCACAUGCGCCACCAGCGGAGACGGCCUGUACGAAGGUCUCGACUGGCUCUCCAACCAGCUGAAAAACGCUAAAUGAUCCAUUCCACCUGCCCUUUGCUCUGUGUAUGGGUGUGUGUGUAUGUGAGUGUGUGUGGUAACAGCAGCACUGGAUUUAGUCUCUUGGUCGCCCACCUUAUCCAUCUCUCUCUUUUUUUUCCAUUAGUUUGUUUUGUUUUGACUUUGGAGACUCUGACCAGUGUUGGCAUGUGUACACACACCAGAAUGGAAGUGUGUGUGUGUGUGUGUGAGGAGUGGGAGCAGCCCUGCUGUGCCUUUAAACACGUGCUUAUCGUGCAGCUCGGUUCUCUAUCGCUAUGUUUAUUCCUAUACAUUGUCUCCCUCUCUGGCAAAGAACGACCCAGGAUGCUAAAUGUUUUGUUACGUGUAGAUUAAAUGAUAUUAAAAGUCUUGAUUUUUCAUCUUAAAGUAGUCACGCAUGUCUAAGAUGUUACAAGGUUUGUCAAUACCCUUUUUAACACCCCCCCCACCCCACACCCCCCACCCCCCUACAUGAUGAAACACUUUGUAACCUGCAUCAGGUUGGGAGAAAAAGACAAUAAAGUGACAUUUUCCAUCCUA